CAUCAAAGAUUAUCGUUAGCGGCGCAUUGCAACAUCUUUUGGCGGUUCUUUGGACUUGGCAUCGCUUGCGUACAAAGAUGCCAAGGGCUUUGGAGCGGGACAGAUUAACCUGAAGGUCCAAAAGACUGACAGGAUGAGUGGAGUAUUUUGCCCUGACACAAGAGCUGUUGGAGGGGGGGUGAGGGGCGUGAGGCUCCAGCGGCGGAGGGGGCGUCACGACAGGCCAGCCUCGCAGCGCGGGAGAGCGAGCAAAGGAGUAUUCAAGCGCGACGACGUAUUCUCACGACAACCGCCUGUUUAAAGUAUAUGCUAUUAUCACACACGUUUCAAGCUCAGCCGAUUGCUGCGCGGCGGGCGCGGCGAAAAUGUCCUCGACUUGCACAUGCAAAAUGCCAUGCAGGCACACUCUCCGGUCUCACACUCACGUAGCAGCCUUGCAAACAGUACCUGCAACUGUAGAUUGCUCAUUUGCCUGCAAUGCUGCAUUGCUAGGCACGGUUCCGACAAAGGCCGGCCGCCCUCCAGCUGAACUGUUGAGCCCUUACCGCAUUCUGGUGUGCCAUACCUUUACUAGGUAUCUACGGACCACUAAGUAGUCCACGCAACACUUCGGGCGCACAUCGAAUUGCGCAUCGGCGAGCGUUCCAAGCAGCCAUGGCCAGUCAACUCUGCCAGCGCCCCGUUGCGGGGGCGAUGGCGCCCGGCGGCCUCCGCCGCCCCGCCCCCCAGCCCCGCGCCUGGGCGCCGCGCCUCGCCCGCCCCGGCCAGGCCAGCGCGCCAGCCCUGCAGCUCGGUAGCGGCAUGAUCAGCAGCAUCAGCAACGGCAGCAACGCCGCCCGCCGUGGCAUGCGCGUGCCGACCAGCACGGGCUCGGACUCGGCGGCCGCGUCGUCGUCGCCGGCACCCUCUGGCGUGGUGGGGGCUCUCUCCACCGUGGACAUCACAGAGAAGCUGGGAAACACCAACCCGCUGGUGCAGGCGCUCAACAGCUCCCGCUCCGCCCUGACAGAGGCCCAGCGCGUGCGGGAGGCGCUGGAGGCGGAGGCGCAGGAGGUGGCGCAGCUGGCGGUGGAGGCCAAUGAGGCCAAGGAGAAGGCCAAGGACCAGGUGUAUGAGACCGUCAAGGCCAUCGAGUCGGCCACCGCGCAGCAGCAGGGCUGGCUGGACAAGGUGUCGGGUCUGCGGGAGAAGCGCGACGGACUGCUAACCGACCGGCCCAAGGUGGAGGUGGGGCUGGAGUACGACCACUACGUGGCCACACUGGCCGCCACCGAGACCGACCUGGCGGCGGCGGAGGGCACCGUGUCUGACCUCAGCUCGCGCCUCAUGAGCCUCAAGAGCACCAUGGAGGACAUGUACGCCAAGGCUCUGAUGGCGGAGACUGCUGCUGCCAAGGCUGAGGAGGUGGCGGCGGCGGCCAUGAGGGCGGCGGAGACGGCCGUCAAGGACGAGAUGCAGGCGGCGGCGGUGGUGAAGGAGACGCAGGUAGCGCUGGAGAAGACCCUGGCCGCCCUGAAAGACCUUGGCGACAAGAAGCCCGACAUUGGAGCCGCCGCCGCCGUCGCCGCCGCCGCCGCCGCCACCUCGGCCGAGCCGGCAGCCGCCGCCACGGUGGCAGCCGCCGCCGCCGGCGCCGCCGCUGCGGCGGUUGUGGGGGCCAAGGAGGUGACGCCGGCUGCGGGCGCGGCGGGGGGCGCGGCGGCGGGCGCGGCGGGCUCGGCGGCGCCGGCGGCGGCUGCGCCUCAGCUGGUGGACCCGGCGAGCUUGUACCCGGGCAAGGGCGAGGGCGGCAAGCCGGUCAACUGGGUGAAGCUGGCGGCGGUGGCGGUGGGCGCGGCGGCGGGCUGGUACUUCUUCAGCCACACAGCUCCCGGGCAGGCGGCGGUGGACGCGGCCAGCGGCGUCAUGGCCAUGAUCAAGGCCCAGCUGGGCACCAUCCACCUGCACGAGGCCGAGCGGGGCCUGCUGGAGACCAUCUGCCUGCUGUUCACGUCCAUCGUGUGCGUGCCGCUGGUGGUCAAGGGCGUGCCGGGCGGGAACGCGGUGCUGGGCUACCUGCUGGGUGGCGCCAUCAUCGGCCCCUACGCCCUGGGCCUCAUCAGCGACGUACACAGCAUCAAGCACCUGGCGGAGAUCGGAGUGGUGCUGCUGCUGUUCAACAUCGGUCUGGAGCUGUCGCUGGACCGGCUCCAGUCCAUGGCCAAGCUAGUGUUCGGCAUGGGCACAGCACAGGUGGUUCUGACGCUGCUGGGUGUUGCGGGUGUGGCCAUGCUUGCCUCGGGGCUGCCGGGCCCAGGCGCCAUCAUCUUGGGCGGCUCGCUGGCCAUGUCCUCCACAGCUGUGGCCAUCCAGGUUCUGGAGGAGCGUGGUGAGAUGGGCAGCCGCCACGGCCGAGCCAUCUUCUCAGUGCUGCUGCUGCAGGACCUGGCUGUGGUGGUGCUGCUGAUGCUCAUCCCGCUACUGGCGCCCUCGCCGGACGGCAGCAGCGGCGGCUUCGCGCGCAUCGCGCAGGCUCUUGGCCUGGCGGCUGUGAAGGCGGUGGUGGCAAUUGUGGGCAUCAUUGCAGGCGGGCGGCUGCUGGUGCGGCCGCUGUACAAGAAGAUCUCGGAGUUCGCCAACGCGGAGAUCUUCGCCGCCACAACCCUGCUCAUGGUGCUGGGCACCUCCUUCCUCACGCAGCUGGCGGGUCUGUCGCUGGCUCUGGGCGCCUUUUUGGCGGGACUGCUCAUCGCCGAGACCGAGUUCGCGCUGCAGGUGGAGUCGGACAUUGCGCCGUACAAGGGACUGCUGAUGGGUCUGUUCUUCAUGUCUGUGGGCAUGGAGAUCAGUGUGCAGCUGUUCAUCGCCAAGUGGAAGGAGGUGCUGGCGGCCAUCACCAUCCUCAUCGUGGGCAAGGUCGCGGUCAUGGCCGCCAUUGGCCCCAUGUUCGGAGUGCCGCGCCUGGCAGCCAUCAGGUCGGGUCUGCUGCUGGCCCCCGGCGGCGAGUUCGCGUUCGUGGCGUUCGGCGAGGCAGUGGCUCGUGGCGUGCUGCCCGCGGCCACAUGCAACCUGCUCUACGUGGUUGUGGCCCUGUCCAUGGCGCUGACGCCCUACCUGGCGGAGUUCGGGUCGCGGCUGGGCGCCGUGAUGGAGAGCUCCGACCUCAAGGAGUUGCAGCCCAAGGAGGAUGAGAUGAAGGAGAUGAAGGACCACGUGAUCAUCGCCGGAUACGGCCGCGUGGGACAGAUCAUUGCGCAGAUGCUGUCGGAGCAGCUGAUUCCCUUUGUGGCGCUGGACGUCAGCAGUGCGCGUGUGUCAGUAGGCAAGAAGAAGGACGUGCCCGUGUUCUUCGGCGACGCGGGCUCGGCCUCCGUGAUGCACCUUGUGGGGGCGGAGCGGGCGGCCUGCGCCAUCAUCGCGCUGGACACUCCCGGCGCCAACUACCGCGCCGUCUACACCAUGUCCAAACACUUCCCGCACGUCAAGACCUACGUGCGCGCACACGACAUCACCAACGCCGUGAACCUGGAGCGCGCGGGCGCCACGGCUGUGGUGCCGGAGACGCUGGAGCCCAGCCUGCAGCUGGCGGCGGCGGUGCUGCGCGAGAUGGACUUCAACACCGAGGAGAUGGACUUCAACACCGAGGAGGUGUCCUCGAUUGUGGACGAGUUCCGUCGCAAGCACCUGUCAGACCUGCAGGUGCUGUCGGCUGCCUCCGGCACCAGCCUGGGCUACGGCUUUGAGAAGCAGAAGGAGGCCGGCGCCGGCAGUAGCAGCGGCGGCGGCAGCAGCAGCAGCGGGGCGGGCAAGAAGAGCGGCGGUGAGGGCGGCGCGGCGGGCGGCGACGGCGCGGGCGCGGGAGCCCUGACCCCCGCGGCGGCGUAAGGGAGCACGCGUGCUUAAUGGGAUGGCUCUCUCACGGUGUAGGUGGUUGGCUUGGUAGCGCUGUGGUAUUUUGCUGGUGAAGGCGGUGGUUAUGGUGGGGAUGCCGAGGAAGAUUCGCUGCUGACUUGUGUGCUUUCCUCAUAUCUUUACUAAGGCUUGCCGGACUCUUUUAACACAGACGUGAAUGGAUCUCGGAUUUCGCGGUUGGCUCGGAGCCGAAAAAUGCAGGAAUGACCUGGUGACGGCAUUGACGUUACGACUCAUCAGAUAUGCAUCGGAAUAAGCAGACACGCGCGUAAGAAGAAACGGGCACGGAGCCUUGUUGGGCGCGUGUGUGGGGAGGGAGGGGGCUAUGCUUGGGGGCGUGUAGGCGGCGUGGCGUGCGGGGGUGACCGAGAUCUUGUGGAUAGCCGUGAUGGUGGCGGGGUAAGUAGGAUACGCAUGACGGCAAGGGCUGGGUGGUGUAGAAGGCACGAGGUGGAUCAGUUUGGCACGUGGGUGUGUGUGCGUGCGUGUGUGUUGUGUGUUGAGGACUCUCUGGCAGUUUGGCACCGCAUGUUUUCAGUGAGACGGCAAUGACCGUUUGUGGAUGUUACGGCGAGGCGGUUUGCAGCCGCGGUUUGGUGGGGGACGUGUGCGUGUGCAGAUGGAUGGAGGUGGAGGUGUUUGCAGUCUUGCAGACGGAGAAGUGCCGGCGUGUUUGCUCAUAUCGAAAUCGGGUACGCACUGCUGCUAAGCAUGGGUCUACUUUCCUUACGUUGGCUCGUCUUGGCUCGUCUUUGCACGUCUUGAGAACAAGCUCGGGACCUAUGCUGUGUUUACUCCUUCGCUUGCUGUGAAUUGGAUGACGAGUCCGUCUCGCCGGGCAACCACAUUUAUAUGUGGGAGUGACGAAACGCGAACUCGUGGAGACUCGCGUAACUGCUUGGCUGAGCCUCGAACUCAGGCUAGCUAGCUGUGCAGCAUUUAACAAAGGCAACCCA